AUGAGAGUGGGGGUUGGGAGUAUUUGUGUUUGUGUUGGUGGUGUGGGGGUGGUUUGUGUUGUGGUGGGGGGGGUUGUUGGUGGGGUUGUGUGUUUAGUGGGGUUUUUUGGAGGGUGUGGUGGGGUGUUGGGGGGGUGGGUUGUUGAGUGUGGGUGUGGUUUUUGUGGGUUGGGUUGGGGUGGGUUUUUGUGUGUUGUGGGGGGGGGGGGGGGUGGGGGGGGGUGGGGGUUAAGUUUAUAUGUAGUGGUGUUGUUGGUGGUUUGGUUGUUAUGGGGUGGUAAUGUUUUGUGGGGUAUUUGGGUGGUUGAUGUGGUGGGGUGGGGUGGGGGGGUGUGGGUGGGGGGUGGGGGGUGGGGGUUGGGUGGGUGGGUUUUUGUGGUUGGGGGUGGGUGGUGGGUGGGUGGGUGUGUGGGGUGGGGGGUGGGUGUGGUGGGGGGGGGUUGUUGGUGUUGUUGUGGUGGUAUGUUGGGUGGUGGUGUGGUUGGUGGUUUUGAGUUGGGGGUGUUUGUGUGGUAUGUUUGUAUUUUGGGGAGGUUUUGUUGUUGGGUGGGGUGUAGUGGAAGGGAUAUAAAUGGAUGGUGUGUAGAUGUUGAUGGAUGUGGUGGUUAUAAGAUGAGGGUUGUUGAUGGGGAAGGGGGGUUGGGUGGGUUUGGGGGUGGGGGUGGUGUGGUUGUGUUUUUGGUGGGGUGUGUGGUGUUUAGGAGAGAUGGGUGGGUGUUGGGAGGGUUGUUGGGGUUGGGGAGUUGGUUAUGGUUGUGUUUUUUGGGAGGGUGGUGUGGUUUGAUGGGUUGUGGGGGGUGUGGUUGGUGUGGUGGGGUUUGGGGGUGUUGGUGGGGGUGUUGGGGGGGGUGUGGGGGUAGGGUUUGGGGGGGUGGUGUUUUGUGGGUGGGGUUGGGUUGGAUUAUGGGGGUAGGGGUGGGUGGUGGUGUGGGUUGUUUGGGGUGGGGUUGUGUUGGGGGGUUGGGUAGGUUGGGGGGGUGUGGGGGGGGGGGUGGGGGGGGGUGGGGUUUGUGGGGGGUGGGGGGGGGGGGUGUUGUGGGGGUGUGGGGGGGGGGUGUGGUGGGGGGGGGUUGGGUUUGGGGUGUUGGGGUGGGGUUUGGUGGGGUGGGGGUGGGGGGUGGUGGUGGGGGGGGUUGGUUUGUGGUGGUUGGGGUGUUGGGGGGGGGGGGGGGGGGGGGGGGGGGGUGGGGGUGGGGUGGGGGGUGGGGGGGGGGGGGGUUGUUAGGGUUGGUGGGGUGGUGGUGGUGGUGUUGGUUGGUUGUUGUAGUUGGUUGUGUUGGUUUUGUUGGUUGGUUGGGUGGGUUGUGUGUUGUGUUGUGUUUGUGUUGUUGGUGGGUUGUGGGGUGUGUGGUUGGGUGGUUGUGUUGGGUUGGUGGGGGGUGGGUGUUUGGGGUGGGGGGGUUUUUGGGGGGGGGGGUGUGGUUGUGUUUGGUGUGUUGGGGGGGGGGUGUGGGUUGGGGGGGGGUGGGGUGGGGGGGGGGGGGGGGGUUGGGUUUGGGUGUUGGGGGGGUGUGUGUGGGUUGGGGGGUUUGUUGUGGGGUUUGUUUGGUUGUGUUGUGGUGGGGGGGGGGGUUUUGUUGGUUUUUUGUGGGUGGGGGGGUUGGGGAGGGGUGUUGGGGGUUGGGGUUGGUGUGGGUGUGGGUGGGGGGGGUGGUGGGGGUGGGUGGUGGGGGGGGGGGAGGUGUGGUGUUUGUUUGUGGGGGUGGUGGUUGGUUUGGGUUUUGGGGGUGUUUUUUGGGGGGGUGGGGGGUGGGGGUGUUUGGUGGGUGUUGUUGUGUGGUUGGUUGGUGGUGGGGUGGUGGGGGUUUUUGUUGGUUUGUGGUGGGGUUUGGGGGGGUGGUGGGGGGUGGUGUGUGGUUGUGGGGUGGUUUUGGUGGGUGGGGGGUUGGUUGGUGGUGGGUGUGGGUUGGGGUGUGUGGGGUGGUUGUUGGGUUUGGUGGUGGGGGGGGGGGGUGUGUGGGGGUGGGGUGGGUUGGGGGGUUGGGGGGGUGGUGUGUGGGGGGGGUGUGGGGUUGGGUGUUGGGUUGUGUGGGGGUGGUGGUGUGGUGUUUGUGGUGGGUGUUUGGGGUUUGUGGUGGUUGGUGGGGUGUGGGGGUGUGGGGGUGUUUGUUUUGUUGUGGUGUGGGUGUUUUUGUGGGGGGGGGGGGGGGGUGGUGUUGUGGGUGUUGGGGGGGGUUUGGGUGGGGGGGGUGUGGGUGGGGGUGGUUGGGGGUUGGGGUUGGGGGGGGGGGGGGUUGUGGUGGGGUGUUGUGUUGGUGUGAGGGGUGUGGGGGUGGUGUGGUGGUGUUGUUGGGGGGGGGGGGGGUUGGGGGGUGUGGUGUGGGGGGGGUGGGUGGGUGGGUUUGGUGGUUUUGGGUGUUUGGGUUGUGGGGUGGGGGGGGGGGUUUGGGGGGUGGGGGGGGGGUGGGGGGGGGGGGGGUUGUUGGUGGUUGGUGUGGGGUGGGGUGUGGGUGGUGUGUUUGGUGGUUUGUUUGUUGGGGUGUGUUGUUUUUUGUGGUGGGGGGUUGGUUGGUUUGGGGGGGUGUUGGUUGGGGUGUUGGGGGGGGUGGUGUGGUGGGUGGGUGUGGGGUGUGGGGGUGGGGUGGUGGGGUGGGGGGGGGUGGGGGGGAUGUGGGGUGGAAGAGGGUUUUAGGGGUUGUUGGGGGUGGGGGUAUGAUGGGGUUUAUAGGGGGGUUUGGGGUGGGGGGUUUUGGUUGGGGUGGUAGGGUUGUGUGGGUGUGUGUGGGAGGUGUUGUGUUAUGUGUUAUUGGGGUUGGUGGGGUGGGGUGUUGGGGAUGUUGUGUUUUGUGGUGGUUUUGUGUGUGUGAGUAUGGUGUUGGUGGGGUUUUUGUGGGGUUUGUUGGAUGUUGUUGUUUUGGUAUGUUUGUUGUGUGGGGGGUGUAUGGUUGGGUAGGUUUGGGGUGUGGGGGUUGGUGUGGGGUGGUGGGGUGGGGUGUUGUGUUGGGUGUGGGGUUGGGGUGGGUGGGGGGGGGGGGGGGGGGGGGGGGGGUUUGUGUGGAUGUGGGGGGGGGGGUGGGUGUUGGGGGUGGGGGGGUUGUGUUUGGGUGUUGGUGGGGGUUGUGGGGGUGGGUUUUGGAUGUUUUGGUUGAUUGUGUGUUUUGGUGGGGAUGGGGAAUUGGUGGUUGGGGUUUUGGGGGGUGGUGUUGGUUUUGUGGUUGGAUUGGGUGGGGUGGGGGUGGGUGGGUGGUGGGUUUGGGUGAGUGUUGGUUUUGGGUUUGGGGUUGGGUUGUUGGGUGGGUGGAUGUUUAUGGUUUGGUGUUGUUUUGGGGGUGGGGUUGGGUGGGUGGGGGUGGGGGGUGUUGGUGGGGUGGGUUUGUUUUGGUGGGUGGGUGUGUGGUUGGUGGUGUGGGGGGGGGGGGGGGGGGUGGGGUGGGGGGGGGUGGGGGGGGUUUGGGGGGUGGUGGGGGUGGUGUUUGGGUUUUUUGGUGGUGUUUGUUGGUGUUGUGGUUGGGUGGGGGGGGGGUGGGGGGGGGGGUGGGGGGGUGGGGUGGGUGGGGUGGGGGGGGUGUUGUGGGGUGGUGUGGGGGUUGUUGGGUGGGUUUUUGUGGUUGGGGUGGUUGGGGGGGGGUGGGGUGGGUUUUUGUGGUGGGGUUGUGGGGGUGUUUGGUGUUGGUUGUGUGUGGUGUGGGGGGUGGUGUGGGGUUGUUUGUGUGUGUGGGUGUGUGUGUUUGGUGUGGGUGGGGGUGGUGGGGGGGGUUUGGGGGGUGGUUGGGGUGUGGGUUGGGUGUGGGGGUGGGUUUUGGUGUGUUGUGGUGGGUGGUUUUUUGGUGGGUUUGGUUGGUGUGUGUGGUGGUGGUGGGGGGGGUGGGGGGGGGGUUGUGUUUGGGGGUUGGGGUGGUGGGGGUGUGGGUUUGGUUGUGGGGGUGGGGGGUGGGGGGGGGUGGGUGUUUGGGGGGUUGUGGGGGUGGGGUGUUGGGGGUUGGGGGGUUGGGGGGUUGGGUGUUGGGGGGUGGGGGUUGUGGGGUUGGGGGGUGGGGGUUGGGGUUGGGGGUUGGGGGGGGGGGUGGUGGGGGGUUGGGGGGUUGGGGGUUGGGGUUGGGGGGUUGGGGGUGGGGUUGGGGGUUGGGGGUUGGGGGGUUGGGUGGGUUGGGGGGUGGGGGUUGGGGGGUUGGGGGUUUUUGGGGGGGUUGGGGGGGUGGGGGGUUGGGGGGUUGGGGGUUGGGGGGUUUGGGGGGGUUGGGGGGUUGGGGGGUUGGGGGGUGGGGGUGUGUGUGGUGGUGUGUGGGUUUUGGUUGUGUGUGUGGUUUGUUUGGUUGGGUUGUGUUGUGUGGUGUGGUGGUUGGGUGUGGGUGUGGGGUGGGGGGUUUGUUGGGUUGUGGUGUGUGUUUUGGGGGUUGUUUUGUGUGUGGGGUGGUGGGUGUGGGUUGGGGUGGGGGGGGGGGGGGUUGUGGGGGUGGUGUGGUGUUGGGUGGGGUGGGGGGGUUUUGGUGGGGGGGUGGUUGGUGUGGGUGGGGGGGUGGGUGUUGGGUUGGUGUUUGUGUGGUGGGGUUUGGUGGUGGGUUUUGGUGUGGGGUUUGGUGGUGGUUUGGUGGUGGGGUUGGAGUGGGUUUGGUGGUGGGGUUUGGUUGGGGGUGGGUUUGGUGUGGGGUUGGUGUGGUUGGUGGUUGGGUUUGGUGGUGGGGUUUGGGUGGGUGGGGUUUGGUGUGGGGUUGGUUGGUGGGUGGUGGUGGGGUUUGGUUUGUGGGGUAUUUUGUUGGUGUUGGGGUGGGUGGGGUUUGUUGGGGGGGGUGGGGUUUGUGGGGUGGGGGUUGGUUGGUUGUGUGGGUGGGGUUUGGUGGGUGGGGGGGGGGGGUUGGGGGUGGGGGGGGGGGGGGUGUGUGGGGGGUGUGUUGGGUUGGGGGUGGGGGGUGGGUGGGUGGUGGUGUUUUUUGGUGGUUUUGUGUGGGGGUUGGAGGGGGGGUGUGGUGUUGUGUUGGUGGUUGGGUGUGGUGUGUGGGGUGGUGGGGUGGUGGGUGGUGGUGGGGGGUGGGUGUGUGGGGGGUUUGGUGUGAGUGUUGUGGGUUUGUGUUGUUUGUGUUUGUUAUGUUUUUUGGGGUUUUUGGGGGGUGUUUGGGGGGUGGGUGGGGUUGGUGGUUGUUGGGUUGGGGGGGGGUGGGUUUGGGUGUUGGUUUUGGGGUUGGUGGGGUGUUGGUGGGGGGGUUGGUGGGGGGUGUGUGGGGGGGGGUUUGGUGGUGUGGUGGGGUGUGGGGUGGGGGGUGUGGUUUGUUGGGGGGGUGUUUGGGGUGGGGGGGGGUUUGGGGGGGGGUUGGGGUGGUGUUGGGGGGUGUGUGGUGUGGUGUGGGGUGGGGGGGGGGGGUGUUUGGGUGGGGGGGGUGGGGGGGUGGGUGGGGGUUGGGUGGGGGGGGGGGGUGGGGUGGUGGGGGGGUGUGGGGGUUGGGGGGGUUGUGGGUGGGGUGGGUUGUGGUGGGGGUGGUGGUGGUGGUGUGGGGGUGGGGGGUUUGGGGUGUGUGUGGUUGGUUUUGGGUGUGGGGUGGGGGUGUGGGUGGUUUGUGUUUGGGGUGGGGGGGGGGGGUUGGUUGGUUGUUGGGGUGGUUUUGGGGGUUGGGUGGUGUUUGGGUUUUUGGUGUGGUGUUGUUUGGGGGGGGUGGGGGGUGGGGGGUUGUUGGGUGGGGUGGUUUUUUGGGUGUUGGGUGGUUGUGUGGUGUUGUGGGUGGGGUGGGGGUGGGGGGGGGGGGGUGGGGUGGUGGUGGGGUGUGGGUGGGGGGGUGGGGUGGGGGGGGGGGGGGGGGGUGGGGGGUGGGGGGGGGUGGGGGGGUGGUUGGGGGGGGGUGUGUUUUGGGUUGGUUGUUGGGGUGUAUUGAAUGUUGGAUUGGGUUGGGGGGGUUGGGGGGUUGGGGGGUGGGGGUGGGUGGGGGUGUUGGGGGGGUGGGUGUUGGGGGGUUUUUGUGGGGGGGUGUGGGUGGGGGGGGUUGGGGGUGGGGGUGGGGGUUGUUGUGGUUUGGGGUGGGGGGGGGGGGGUUGGGGGGUGGGGGGGGGGUUUGGUGGGGGGGUGGUUGGGUGUUGGUGGGGGGGGGGGGGGGUGGUGUGUGGGUGUUGGGGUUUUUUUUUAGGGUGGGUGUGUUGGUGGGGUUUGGGGUUGUGUUGUUUGGGUUUGGGUGUGGUGGGGGUUGGUGUGGUGUGGGGGGGUGGGUGGGGGUGGGGUUGGGUUUGGGUGGGGUGGGGUGGGUUGGGGGGGGGGGGGGUGGUGGUUGGUGUUGGUGGUUGUGGGGGGGGUGUUUAAUGGGGGGUGGUGGGGGUUGGUGGGGGGGGGGGUUGGUGGGUGGGUGUGGUUGUUGGUUGGGGUUGGGGGGUUGGUUUGGGUGUGGGGGUUUGGGGUGGUUUUUGUUUGUGGGGGGGUGGGUGGUGUGGGGUGUGUUGUGGUGUGGUUGUGUGGUUGUGUUGGGGGGGGGGGGUUUGUGGGGGGGUGGGGUGGGUGUUGUUGGGUGGGGGUGGUGGGUGUGGUUUGGGGGGGGUGUGGGGGGUGGGGGGGUGUGUGUGUGGAGUGGGGGGUGGGGGGGGGGUGGGGGGGGGGUUGGUGGGGGGUGGUGUGGGUGUGGGUUUGGGGGGGGGGGGGUGGUGGUUUGGGGUGGGUGGGUUUUUUUUUGUUGGGUGGUGGUGUGGUGGGGGGUGGGGGGGUGGGUGGUUGGGGUGUGUGUGGUGGUGUGUUGGGGUUUUGGGGGGGGGGGGUGGGGUGGGGUUGGGGGUGGGGGUUGGGGGGUGGGGGGGGGGGGUUUGUUGGUUGUUGGGUGUGUUGGGUGGGGGGGUGUGGUGGGUGUUUGGGUUGUUGGGGUUUUUGGUGGGUGGGGGGGGGUGUGGUUUUGUGUUUUUGGGUGUGGUUUUUUGUUGUGUGGGGUGGGUGUGGGUGGUUGGGGUGGUGUGGUGGUUGUGUGGUGUGUGUUGGGGGGGGGGGGGGGGGUUUGUGGGGGGGGUGGGGUGGGUUUGUUGGGGUGGGGGGGGUGGUGUGGGGUGGUUGGGGGGGGGUGGGGGGUGGGGGGGGUUGGGGUUUGGGGGGGUGUGUUGUGGUGGGUGUGUGUUUUGGGGGUUGGGUGGUGGGUGUGUGUUGGGGGUGGGUUUGGUGUGUGGGUGGGUGGGGGGGGUGGUGGGGGGGUGUGUGGGUGGUGGGGGGGUGGGGUGGUGGGGGGGUGUGGGGUGGUGUGUGUUUGUGGGGGUUGGUGGGGGUGUGUGGGGGGGGGUUGGUGGGGGGGGGGGGGUGUUUUUGUGGGGUGGGGGGGGGGGGGGGGGGGGGGGGGGUUGGUGGGGGUGGUUGUGGGUGUGGGGUUUUUGGGGGGGGGGUGGGUUGGGGGGGGGGGGUGGGUGGGGGGGGGGUUGGGGGGUGGGGGUGGUUGGGGUGGGGUUGGUGUGGGUGGGGUGGGGGGGGGUGGGUGGGAGUGGUGUGGUGUGUGGGUGGUUGAUUAUUUUUUUGGUGGGGGGUGGUUUUUGGGUGUGGGGGGGUGGGGGUGGGGGGGUGUGGGGUUUGUGUUGGGGGGGGGGUGUGGUGAUGUGUGGUUUGGUGGUGGGGGGGGUUGGUGGGGGGGGGGGGGGGGGGGUGGGGGGGGUGGGGGUGUUUGGGGUGUGGGUGGGUGUGGGGGGGGGGUGGGGGGGGGGUGGGUGGUGUGUGUGUGGUUAGGGUGGUUUGUGGGGUUGGGGGGGGGUGGGGUGGGUUGUUGUGUUGUUGGGGGGGGGGGAGGGGGGGGGGGGGGGGGGGUUGGUGGGGUUGGGGUUGGGUUGGAGGUGGGGUUGGGGGUUUGGGUUGUUUGUGUGGUUGGGGGGGGUGUUGUGUUGGUGUUUUUGUGUGUUGUGGGGGGGGUUUUUGUGGGGUUGUUUGGUUGGUGGUGUGGAUUGGGGUGUGUUGGGUGUGGUUGGGGGUGUGGGUUGGGGUUUGGUGGGGGUUGGUGGGGGUGGGGUGGGGGGGGUGGGUGGGGUUUUGUGGUUGUUUUUUUUUUGGGGGGUGUGGGUGGUUGUGUUUUGGUGGGGUGGGUUUUUUUUGUGGGGGGUGGUGGGGGGGGGGGGGUUGAGGGUGGGGGGGGGGGGGGGGGGGGGUGGGGUGUGGGGUGGUGGGUGGGGUUGGGGUGGGGGGGGGUGGUGGGAGGUGGGGGGGGUGGGGGGGGGGGGGGUGGGUGUUGGUGGGGGGGGGGGUGGGUGGGUGUGGUGGGGGGGGGGUGGUGGGGGGGGUGGGGGGUGUUGUGGUUGGUGGUGGUGUGUGGUUUUGUUGUUGGUGGUGUUGUUGGUGGUUGGUUGUGGUUGGGUGUUGUUGUUGUUGGGGUGGUGUUGUGGUUUGGUGUGGUGUUGUUGUGUUUUUUUGUGGUUGGAGUGGUGAUGUUGGGGGUGUGUUGUGGAUGGUUGUUUUUUGUGGUUGUGGUGUUGUUGUUGGUUUGGGGUUUUUUGUUGUUGUGUGGUGUUUGUUGUUGGUGUUGUGGUUGGUUGGUGUUGUGGUUGGGGGGUUUUUUUUUGUUGGGUGUUGUUGUGGUGGGGGGUUUGUUUUGGGUUGGGGGGGGGGGGUGGAUAGGGGGUGGGGGGGUGUGUGUGGGGGUUUUUUGUUGGGGGGGUUGGGGGUGUGGUGUGGGGGGGGUGGGUUGGGUGGUGGGGGGUUGGGGUGUGGGGGUUUGGUGGUGUGGUUGUGUGUUUGGUUGUGUGGUGGUGUGUUGUUGGUUUGUGGUGUUGGUGGGUGUGGUGUGGUGGUGGUUGUGUGGGUGGGUGGUGUGGGUUGGUGGGGGGGGUUGGGGGGGGUUGGGUGGGGUGUGUGUUGGGGUGUGUGUGGUGUGUGUUGGUGUGUGUGUGGUGGUGUUGGUGUUGUGGUUUGUGUUGAGUGUGUGGUUUGUGUGUGGUGGUGUGUGGGGUGUGUGUGUGUGUGUGUUGGUUGUGUUGUGUGUGUGGGGUGGGGUGUGGUGUGUGUGUGUGUGUGGUGUGGUGUGUGUGUGUGUUGGUGUUUUGUGUGUGUGGUGUGGUGUGGUGUUGUGUGUGUGUUGGUUUUGGUGUUGUGUUGUGGUUUGUGUGUGGUUGUGUGUGUGUGUGUGGUUUGUGGUGUGUGUGGGUGUGUGGUGGUGUGUGGUGGUGAGUUGUGGGGUGUGUUUGGUGUUGUGUGUGUGUUGUGUGUGUGGUGUGUGUGGUGUGUGUGGUGUGUGUGGUUUUGUGGUGAUGGGUGUGUGUGGGGUGGGGGGGGGGUGGGGGGGUUGUGGGGGGGGUUUGGGUGGGGGGUUGGGAUUGGGGUUUUGGGUUGUGGUUGGGUGGUGGGGUGUGGGGGGGGGGUGUGGGUGGGUGGGUGGUGGUUGGGGGUGGGUGGGGGUGGGUGGGGGGUUGGGGUGUUGGUGGGUGGUUGGGGGGGGGGGGGGGGUGGUGGUGGGGGGUGGGUGGGUUGGGUGGGGGGUUGGUGGUGGGUGGGGGGUUGUGGGGGGUUGUUGGGUGGGGGGGGUGUGGGGGGGGGUUGGGGGGGGAGGGUUUGUGGGGGGGGGUUGUGGGGGGGGGUGUGUGGGUUGGGGGGGGGGGGUGUGGUUGUGUGUGUGUGGUGUGUGUGGUGUGUGUGUUUGUUGUGUGUGUUGUUGUUUGUGUGUGUGUGUGUUGGUGUGUGUGGUGUGUUUUGGUGUGGGGGGGGUUGGGUUUGGGGUGUUGGUGGGGUUGGUGGGUGGGGGUGGGGGGGGGUGGUGGUGGGGGGGGUGGGGUGGUGGGUGUUGGUGUGUGGGGGGGGGUGUGGGGGGGGGGGGGGGGUGUGGGUGGGGUGGGGGGGGGGGGGGGUGGUGGGGGGGGUUAGGUGUUGGGUUUGGUUGGGGUGUGGGUGGGGGGUGUGUUGGUUGUUGUUUGUUGUUGGGUUGGUUUGUUUGGUUGGUGGGGGGUGGGGUUUGGUGUUUGUGUUUGGUGUUGUUGUGGUUGUUGUGGGUGUGGGUGGGUGUUGGGGGUUGGGGGGGGGGUGUUGGGGGUGUGUUUGGGGGUGGUUUGUGGGGGUUUUUGUUGGGGUGUGGGUUGGGUGUGUUGUGUAGGGGUGGUGGGGGUGGGGGGGUGUUUGGGGGGUGGGGUUGUGUUUGGGGGGGUGUGGUUGUUGUUUGGUUGUUGGGGGGGUGUGGGUUGGGGGGGGGGGGUGGUUGGGGGUGGGGGGGGUGUGGGGGUUGGUGUGUUUGGGGGGUGUGUGUGGUUGGGUGGGUUGUGGGUGGGUUUGUGUUGGUUGUGGUGGGAAUUGUAGAUAGUGGUGUGGGGGUGUUGGGUGGGGUGGGGGUGGGUGUGGGGGGGGGGGGGUGGGGGGGGUUUUGGGGGUGGUUUUUGGGGGGUGUGGUGGGGGGGUGGUUGGGUUUUUUUGGUGGGUGUUGUUUAUUAGUUUGUUUUGUGUGUUGGUGUGUGUUGGGUUUUUAUUGGUUUGUGGUGGGGGUUUGGGGGGGUGGGGGGUGGGGGUGUGUGUGUGGGGUUGUGGGGUGGAUUGGGUUGGGGGGGUGGGGGGUUUGGUGGUUGGAGGGGGGGGUGGGUUGUUGUGGGGGGUUGUGUGGUUUGUGGUUGGGGUGUUUUGGGGGGGUUUGUGAGGGGUGUGGUGUUGGGUGUGGUGGGGUGGGGUGUGUGGGGGGGGUGUGGUGGUGGGUGUGGGUUGUGGGGGGUGGGGUUGUGUGUGUAGUUGUGGUGUGGUGGGUUGGGGGGGGGGGUUUGGGGGGGUGGUUGGUUGUUGUGGGGGGGUGUUUUGUUUGUUGUGGAGUUGGGGUUUUUUGUGGGGGGGGGGGUGGGUGGUGUUUGGUGUUGGGGGGGGUGUGGGUGGGGUUGGUGUGGUGGGUGGGGUUGGGGGGGGGUUUGGGGUGGGGGGGGGUGUGGUGGGGUUGUUUGGUUGGUGGUGGUGGGUGUGGGGGGUGUGUGUUGGUGGUGGUGGUGGGGGGGGGGGGGGGUUGGGGGGGGUUGUGGUGGGGGUGGGGUGGGGGGGUGUGUGUGUGGUGGGUGUUGGUUGGUUAUUGGUUUUUUGGUUGUUGUGUUGUGGGUGGUGGGGAGUGUGUGUUGGGGGGGGGUGGGGGGGGGGUGGUGUUGUGGUUUGGUGGGGGGGGGGGGGUGUGGGGGGUGGUUGUUUGGUGUUUGUUUUGGUUGGGUGUGUGUUGUUGA